UCAUUUAAUUCUCCCAUAAGUACUUUAUUAUUGGUAUCAAUUGGUAAGAGGAAAGAGACUUGCUCCUAAAUAACAUAUAACAAAAAAAGGAGUUACAAAUCAUAAUCAAAAAUAAUCACGAAGAAAUAUGACAAGUACUAACAAGGAUUAUGCCAAGUUGAAAGAAGUGGGCAAAUAUUUCACUGAGGAAACACUAAGAACUGCAUUGCAAACUGUGCAUGGGAAAGAGGCAAUCGUAUUAAGUUGGGAGUGCAAUACGAGAGAUGCUACAGGUGAUAGUUAUUUGUCAACUAUUUAUAAGAUUAAAGUCAAUGGAACUGUUAAUGGGAAGGAAGUACAAGUUUCCAUGGUAGUCAAAUGUCUACCAGAAAAUCUGGCCAGAAGGAAGACAUUCCGAAAUCAAGAAUUCUUUAGCAAUGAGAUUGCUUUUUAUACAAAGGUCAUUCCAGAAUUUGAGAAGUUUGUGAAGGAAAAGAAUCAAGUACAAGCAUUAUGUAUUCCACGUUGUCUAGUUGCUUUCGAGAAUGGUGAAAAUGAUUUCAUAGCAUUGGAAGAUGUUAGUCUUCUGGGAUAUAAGUCUGUACCAAGACAAGCGAAUUUAGAUUAUAACCAGUUCUUAAUACUUGUAAAAGGUUUAGCAAGAUUUCAAGCAAUUUCAUUUGCGUUUAAAGACCAGCAUAAACAAAAAUUUGAGGAAAUUGUAGAAAGUUUGCGUGAAACAUAUUACAGUCCUGCACACUGGAAUUGGUACAGAAGAUUUAAUGAAAUGAUAUUAAGUAUUGCUAAAAAUGCCGUAGCUGUAGAAUAUCCUGGUAGCAAGGCAGAAAAAAAAAUUAAUUCUUAUCAAGCUAGUGAUCUAUAUAAAAAAGCUACGGAGAUUUGUGCUCGGAAACAUCAUCCAACAUCAGUUGUUGUACAAGGAGAUGCAUGGGUUCCAAAUUUCAUGACUCGAAAAUCUCCCGAACAUGAAGCUUUGAUACUCGACUUCCAAUUGGCAAGAUGUGCUAGUCCAGUCGUGGAUCUAUCUACUCUCAUUUAUGUUGGUAGCAACAAGUCUAUCUUCCAUGACAAGUUCGAUGAUUUGUUAAAAGCCUAUCACAAUGAAUUAUGUAAAACUAUCAGUUUACUUGGAUCGAACCCUGAGAGCUUGUAUCCGUGGAACGUUUUCAUGGACGAGGUGAAAGAACAGUUUGUAUAUGGUAUGAUAUUUUCACUGGAAGUAAUACCAAUGUCUGUGUUGGAUGACGAUGAAACAUUCAAUUUAGAUUUAAUAAAAGAUGAUAACGCAGUAGAUAUAGCUGAUGUAUGGACAUUGUCAAACAUUAAGUCGCAAAGUGGGCGGCUCAGGUCAGCUAAUAUCAUCGUACACGCUGUCGAGAAAGGUUUCUUGUGAUUGCACGGACAGCACAUAAAUAUUAUUUUAUACAUAAUACUUUAUUAAACUUGUAGCGUUAAAUAAAAUAGAGACAAUCUGUAUUUGUAUAAUCUUCAA